UGUAAAGCAGUUUGGUUUUGAAAAGUUUUUUAGUCCUUUAAUUAAGGAUUUAAAGUCACUGGAACAAACUGGGGUCUUUGUGCAAACGCUUAACAACUAUGUAAAAGGUUCAGUAUUUUGUGUCUGUGCAGACAAUUUAGGAGCUCAUGGACUUGCCGGCUUUCAGGAGAAUUUCAAUGUAAAUAAUUUUUGUAGAUUUUGUUUAACGAAUCGGGGUGAAAUAGCAACUACUGCAAUUUCUGAUUUUCAGCUGCGUUCUAGAGAACAGCAUGAUACAUGUCUGCUAAAACUUCGUCUUGAAAAUGUUCCUCAUGUAAACGGUGUUAAAAAUGAAUGUGUUUUAAGUCAGCAUCUGUCAGAUUUUCACCCUGUCACUGGCUUCCCCCCAGACAUUUUGCAUGAUUUUUUUGAAGGUGUUAUACCUGUUGAACUGUCUUUAUGCCUGAAAAACUUGAUUUCAAAAGGGUAUAUUACUUUGGACAGACUAAAUAGCCUAAUCAAUUCAUUUCCGUACAAAUAUUCUGACAGGGUAAAUAAACCAAAGGUAAUUUCUAAGGCAAAUGUUGAAAAGGGCACUAUUGGUGGCAAUGGCCACGAAAAUUGGUCUUUAUUACGAUUCCUCCCUCUUCUCAUCGGAAAGAGUGUGCCAGAACAAGAACCUGCAUGGGAAAUACUGAUGGACCUCAAAGAAAUAGUCGAAAUAGUUGUCUCACCUGUUUUUUCAGAGGAAAUAUUGCAUUACUUGGAGAUCAAGUUGUCUGAUCACAGAAGCCUGCUCACAGACACUUUUCCUGAUUUUAGCCUGCGCCCAAAGCACCACUUUGCUGACCAUUAUCCUUACCUUCUACGCUGUUUUGGCCCAUUGGUGGAAUUAUGGACGAUGAGAUUUGAAUCAAAACACAGCUUCUUCAAGAAGACUAUGCAUGAUGUUCAAAACUUUAAAAAUGUACUCCUCACGCUGUCAGUAAAACACCAACAGAUGAUGGCAUGCCAGUUUGAUAGCCAGAGUCUUUUCAAGCCAAUGUUACAUGUGGAGAAAGUAACUGACAUCAAAAUAUCUUCUUUGGAUGCUGACUUGCACACAGUGAUUCAGAGAAAGUAUCCACAUCUUGAAACUGUGUCCCUUUCUAAAGACAUUUAUUUUCAUGGGACCCGAUAUGUCGAGGGUAUGAUUCUGUCAUCUGGACACUGCAGUGGUCUGCCAGAAUUCUACAAAAUCGUGACCAUAGUGGUUGACCCUGAAAAAGUAGCCUUUGUUGGCAAAAAGCUCACAUCUUGGUACCUUGAACAUUUUAGGUCUUAUGAGCUUGUGGAGAGCAUCUAUGCAGACAUUGAAAUUUUUGAUCCUCAGGCUCUCAACGACUAUCACCCAUUGGUUGCGUACACAGUGGGAGGGAAGGUGCUGGUGACUCCAAAAGUGUGCCUGCUCCAUUGAAGAGACACAGAAAGGCUGGAAUGCUGCUGUUAGUAAAAAUCUCCCCACGAAUGUCCCGUAAAGUGACGAUUCCUGAGGUACCUGAAUCAGUUGAAGAAUUGCAAAACAUCCUUAAGGAAAAACUUGAACUUCAAGGUAGCUUCGCGUUACAAUAUGAGGACCCAGACUUCAAUAAUGCUCCGUGUAAUUUGAUUGACAUCCAUGAUUUGCCACCUGAGCGUGCGAUAUUGCACAUUCUUUGGGAUGAGACAUUUCCACUUGUUCAGCAAGAGUCAGACUCUGUUGGUUCAGAGUCUUCCCUGGACACAGCCAGUUUAUCCAGCAGAGAGUCAUUCCAGAGUCCCUCAGCUUUCAUCAGGAACCAUCUGCGAAGUGUCUCAGGGUGGCCUUCACCUUUUCCCAUCCCGUCCUUCUCCUACGAUGUGGAGUUGAGGCUGCGCAAAGGCAAUGAGGCAUAUGAAAGAACGAAGAAAGGUAUCACCUUAACCAGAGACAUGAAGAUAGACAUUUUGGACAAGAUCGCUCAGGCAGUGUUUGAACUGAAAGCCUAUCCUGAUCAUGACCAGAUUGAGUCAGUUGCUUCUGCUCUCAUCGGUAGACAUCCAUGCCUUCGAGAACCAGGCAAUGAAACUGGAUAUGGCGGAUGGAAAACAAGCAUAAAAUACAAACUUGGUAAUUACAGGUCCAAGCUGCGUCAGGCAGGCUGUACUGAGGUUAGCAUUAACCAGAGGAAGAGGGGCAGUGAAGAUGCAAGCACAGGUCCUUCUCUGAAGAGAGCAAAGAGAGGCGAAAUUAACCAUCUCCCUGACCAUCCAGAAAAUUAUAAUGAUGACUCACUGGAGAAUGAAAGACUGGUUCUAGUUGAGGAUUUCAAGAGGAAGAACAAGGAUGUUGCACUCAUCAGACAAAAUAUGGAGCUGACUUUCUCCCUGAGGCGCAGGGAGAUCGUGGAGUUGCAACCUAUGGUUUCAGAGAUACUGGAACGUUGGCCUGCUCUAUUUUGUGAGGAAGAGAUUAGAGAAGAGUUUUAUCGGAUCACAAAUAGAAACCUCCUGGAGAACUUUAAAGAAGCCCUCCAACAAAACACCUGUAGGCUCCUGAAACUCUAUCGAGCGAGAAGGACAGCUUCUCUGUCAGAGAUGGAUCAGGUCCUUAACAGCUUGGAUCAAGUGACAUCUGACAUCACUGCACAUCGACAAACUGCAGCUUUAAAGGGCCUUCCCUUGUAUCUCCGUGAGAGCCAGGAGAAGCUCUUCAGAACCUGUCUUGCCACUGACCCAGAUGAGGAGCAGACGAAGGGCCUCACUGUGGGUAUCCUCACUGUGCUGGAGGAUGAUGACACCACAGUGCCUCAAAGUGUCGUGAGUGUGGCUGUUGUUGUGGAAGAAGAGAUUGUCCUUCAAGAUCUUCCUGACCUACCAACUGCUUUUGCCUACCUCUUUGGACUGAUCUAUGCUUUAAACAUCCAGUACCCAAAAGAUCUCAGGUACACAUUCGAAACUGUGCAGAAGGUGUUCAUGGAACUUGGAGCAGACCUCUCUGCAAGGGUCAGAUCGCUCAAAAACAAACUCCUUCAGUAAAUCCAAAAGUUCUGGAUUUGGAGUUGUUGACCUCUAAAAGUUAGGUACAGCUCACAUGUUUUAUAUUUUUGAUUCAUACGUGUUCUGUAUGGUCUUGUUCUUGUGAUCACGUUGUAUGUUUUCGAUUCAUACGAGUUCUGUAUGGUCUUGUUCGUGCGAUUUUGAGACCUGAAGUUGUUGCACUCGGAAGAUUCAUACUUAUUUAUCAUAUUGGUUCCGUAUGAUAUUCUAUAGAUGACAUGCUUGAAAUUUUGAGACCAGAAAUUAUGUUGCUCAGUAACCUUUAAACAGAUUUAGUACAUUCAUAGUUGUACAUCAUACUGAUUCGCUAUGGUCUUGUAUACAUUACUUGUGUUUGAUGAUACUACAAGAUGGCACAAUAUGCUGUCACUCAUUAGUUUGCAAUAAAUGCACUUGGCCCUGUUGGAAGAGAUUUGAUGCUCGUAGA